AUGGCGACCACUGACCGGAUGGAGGAUACCCCUCCUAUUCGCCGGCUGCUUCAAAACGCGAGACAUCACUUGGAAGCCCAGCUAAAGCGAACAAUCCCUCAUACCGCUUACUCCAAGGGCAAGUCUGUCAGCAAAGCAUCAGCGUUUGGCGAGAUUGUGCCUCGAAUUCGAAUGCUCGGGAAGAAAACGGCCGAUCGGCCUUCUCUAGAUAUACUGGGCCUCGAGCUUAUCCUCAUCAUCUUCAAUAUGCUAUACGAAGACCACCCGCGGUCAAUGGGAAAUCUCGCACUAGUCAACUCGUACUACCAUUAUUUAGCGCGGUAUUGCCAGCAUAGAAAUGUCACGUUCGUCAUUGAAAGCCCACAUGAGAAAAGCUUCCAUGAUCGCUUGGCCUAUAUCGAGAAACAUAGCUUGAUACCUGCCAUUCGAAGCAUAAAAGUUCACGCCCCGGCAACAGAGGAAGACGAAGAAUGCCUAGACGCCCUAGUUCAGUUGAUGCAGAAAGCUGCAGGACUAAGGGAUCUGGAAUGGCAGAACACGACGCUGUACACACCAUCAAACUGGAAUCAGUCAUCUUCCCUCCCACUUGUCAUGUCAGUAGGCAUUCCCGAGAAAGUCGUGCUGGCCCUACAGCCUGGAGGAAGCGUCCGAUUUCAUGCCAGCAUUAUUUCGUUUGAUCGUGUCGUUGAUCCUAUACCGGAUGCACGGAUACCCGUGUAUACCGCACCGCUCCUAAAAAGAAGUAACAGUUUGCAUUCGCUCAGCAUGGUCUUCACCUAUAGUGAUGAGGAAAGCUGUAUCGAGUUUGUUCAAAUUGCCAAACAAAUUCUACUGUCCAGCCCAAAUGUUCGAAAGCUUUGCAUCGACUUUGGACCUCAGGGUGAUGGACCUGUCUCAUUCCCUCUACCGGCAAGCUACACCGGACUCGGAUUUGUUGAUGGCGAACGACCUCCAGCGCUAGAGAGUCUUGAGCUUAUCAGGUAUGAAUUCGGAUACAAAAAGGAGGUUGAACCAGGGUACAUCAGUGGCAGCCAUGUUGGCUACCCUGGGGACGGCAACGAGUCGGACUAUUGGGCGGAGGUUUUCGACUGGUCCAGGCUCAAGCGUCUAACAAUUAGAAAUGUGGACUUUGCACUCAAAAUAGCACCGAAACUCAUUUCGAUCCAGCAUGUGGCGUUCGACAGACCCUGGGGCACUGAGAAAGUCGUGGAUUUCUAUCAAUCAGUCCCAAAUGCUUUGCAAAGUGUCAUAAUUCCCAGAUUCAGUGCCCUAGGUCUAGAUGGAAUCACCAGGCAUGGUGCUCAGCUAAGAGUACUUGAGAUUCAUCAAAAGGAGACAAUGACUUGGGCCGACGAGACCAUUAAUGCCUCCUCUUUAUUAACAAUCCAACGAGAGUGCCCUCUUAUAGAGGAACUAGCUCUCGAUAUCAGUCGAAAUGGCGAUUGGCCUUAUGAUGUUCUCGAGGUUCUAGCAGGCUUCCCAAAGCUACGAAUUCUGACAAUAUGGUUUGAGAUGGGCCGGGUAGGCCGUGAACCAGAUGAUAUUGUUCAGCCGCUGGUGACCUAUCCCGCCGUUGAUGAGCUCUAUCGCCACAUCUGCUUGAUACGCCCACGAACAUUACCAGCCCUGAGCACACUCAAGGUACACUGUGGAGGCGGCAAUGAAAUUUCCGGCCGCUCUCUACCAGGCCUUGCUUGGGUGGAGAUAAAUAGAUCCGGCUUCGUCUGUCAGCUCCUUGAGCGAGGUGAUCAAGCUUCAGACCUUGUGUUCGAUAUAACUUGCCCAGCACUGAGCGACAAGGACAAUUUAGUGCUAUCACAGACGAGGAAACCACAAAAGUUGGGACGCUUCACUCGAAAGUCUCGUCCCCAUGUUCGAUUGAUGACCGACGUCGAAUUGGCCAUGCUUGGGCCACCUCGCGUCGGUGCUGGUCUACAAGUCGCUCUUAACUGCACACGCAUCCUUCAAAGAUGGGAUCUCCCUGACAGACUCUGGCAAUCGGCCGCUGAACCCACGUCACUCGUUGUCCAUCGAUACUCCGGCCGAACGCUCGCCAUAGAACCCGACUUCCACAAGCAUAUCCGCAAGAAGUACAGCGCCCCAUUUAUCGAUGUCCAUCGUGUAGACCUCCAGCUAGCGCGAUACGACAAGGCGAAGGAACUAGGUUUCCAGUUUAAGCUCGGGGAUAGAGUGAAGGACAUUGACUUUGGCAUUCCCGAGGUGAGUACCGAGGCUCGGGCUAAGUAUACCGGUGACUUGAUCGUUGCAGGGGACGGACUCUGGUCAAAGUGUCGUUCCAAGUUUCUUGGGAGUGAGGACAAGCCUAUGCCCACUGGGGAUCUAGCAUACCGCGGUUUUCUGGAUGUGAAGGAUAUCGACGACCCUGAGCUGUGA